AAACUUUUCCUUUCCAAAAUCCGAAGGAAAACAAAAGAAAACCAACCUCAUAUUUUCAUGAAAACAAGGUAAGGGAUUCCCAACAAAACCCACAUCAGUGCCUCCUCUCUGAAAAAUCCUCCCCCAACCCAGUUAGAGAGUGAAAAUGGCGGUCUGCACAGUCUACACCAUCCAAACCCUCAACUCCACUUGCUCAAUCUCAAAACCAAACAAAACCCACUUGGGUUUUCACCAGAAACAAGUAGUUUUCUACAGAACCAGCAAGAAAAUCAAGAAACAGAGCACAAUCACUUGCUCCGCCGCCAACGAGAAGACGGUGGUGAUCGGGUUGGCAGCCGACUCGGGGUGUGGAAAGAGCACUUUCAUGAGGAGAUUGACUAAUGUUUUCGGAGGGGCAGCCGAGCCGCCGAAGGGGGGAAAUCCGGAUUCUAACACACUGAUCAGUGAUAUGACCACUGUGAUUUGCUUGGAUGACUACCACUCACUUGAUAGAACAGGGAGGAAAAAGGAAGGGGUGACUGCACUUGAUCCCAAGGCCAACAAUUUUGAUCUAAUGUAUGAGCAGGUUAAGGCCAUCAAAGAGGGAAUUGCUGUGGACAAGCCUAUUUAUAACCAUGUUAGUGGGCUUUUGGAUCCACCUGAGCUCAUUAAGCCUCCUAAGAUCCUUGUCAUUGAAGGAUUGCACCCAAUGUUCGAUGAACGCGUAAGAGACCUCUUGGACUUCAGUAUCUACUUGGACAUAAGCAAUGACGUUAAAUUCGCAUGGAAAAUUCAGAGGGACAUGGCAGAACGCGGACAUAGUCUUGAAAGCAUCAAAGCUAGCAUUGAAGCCCGAAAGCCUGAUUUUGAUGCUUAUAUUGAUCCACAGAAGCAAUAUGCAGAUGCAGUCAUAGAAGUGCUGCCGACACAACUGAUUCCCGGCGACAACGAGGGAAAAGUAUUGAGAGUGAGGCUGAUAAUGAAAGAAGGGGUUAAGUAUUUCAACCCAGUUUACCUGUUUGAUGAAGGCUCCACCAUCAGCUGGAUACCCUGUGGGAGGAAACUCACUUGCUCCUACCCUGGCAUCAAAUUUUCCUAUAGCCCUGACACUUACUUUGGCCAUGAGGUAUCUGUGUUGGAGAUGGAUGGCCAAUUUGACCGAUUAGAUGAGCUAAUCUACGUCGAGAGCCAUCUAAGCAACAUCUCAACCAAGUUCUAUGGAGAAGUCACCCAGCAAAUGCUGAAGCUCUCCGAUUUCCCUGGAAGCAACAAUGGAACCGGUCUCUUCCAGACCAUAGUCGGCUUGAAGAUCAGAGACCUCUAUGAGCAACUUAUUGCCGCAAAAGCUGCAGCUCCAUUGCAAGCCACAAAAGCAUGAAAAAGGGCCUUACAGAUUAACCCAAGGCAACAACUUGUCGAAAAGUUUCUCUCUCUCCUCCAUUGGGAUUUUCACUCAUUUUCUUUCAUAUUUCCCUUUCCCCUCCCUCUUCGAUGUUUCAGUUGAGUGUUAGGGUACGCCCCCACAAGGAUGAGAAACACUCCGUUUGUAGUUAUUUGUAAGUUGGAAACUUUCUGGAGAUUUGUAAUACAGAGAAGUGAAAGAAGAAAUGAAAUUCGGUCAAGAUCAAGAA